GGCUAAAACUACCGUGAGGGCAGCCGAUGAGCAAGAGCGCAGACUGUUCUCCCCAAACGAAGAUGGCGGUGCAAGAAACAGCUGCUCAACUCUCCAUGGCUCUGAAGGUGCAGGAAUAUCCGACUCUCAAGGUUCCUUAUGAGACCUUAAAUAAGCGCUUCCGUGCGGCUCAGAAGAACAUCGACCGUGAGACCAGUCACGUGACCAUGGUGGUUGCCGAGUUGGAGAAAACCCUCAGCAGCUCCUUCCCUGUGGUGGAUUCUGUGGUCUCCCUUCUGGAUGGUGUGGUUGAAAAGCUAAGCGCACUUAAAAGGAAGGCGGCAGAGUCCAUCCAGGCAGAGGAUGAGAGCGCUAAGCUCUGCAAGCGACGCAUUGAACAUCUGAAGGAGCACAGCAGUGACCAGCCAGCCAACGUCAGUGUGUGGAAAAGGAAACGCAUGGACCGUAUGAUGGUGGAGCAUUUGCUGCGCUGCGGCUACUACAACACUGCAGUCAAGCUUGCCAGGCAAAGUGGGAUUGAGGAUUUGGUGAACAUUGAGAUGUUCCUCACUGCAAAAGAAGUGGAAGAAUCGCUAGAAAGACAGGAAACAGCCACCUGUUUGGCCUGGUGCCAUGACAACAAGUCUCGUCUGCGGAAAAUGAAGAGCUGUUUGGAGUUCAGUUUGAGGAUCCAGGAAUUUAUCGAGCUCAUUCGACAGAACAAACGCAUGGAUGCAGUAAGACACGCGCGGAAGCACUUUAGCCAAGCAGAAGGUGGGCAGCUUGAUGAGGUACGACAGGUGAUGGGCAUGCUGGCCUUCCCUUCUGACACUCACAUUUCCCCAUACAAGGACCUUCUGGAUCCAGGUCGCUGGAAAAUGCUAAUCCAGCAGUUCAGAUACGACAACUACAGAUUACACCAGCUGGGGAAUAACUCUGUGUUCACCAUCACUCUACAAGCAGGACUGUCUGCCAUCAAAACCCCGCAGUGUUACAAAGAGGACGGAACCUCCAAAAACCCAGAUUGCCCUGUAUGCAGCAAGUCCCUGAACAAGCUGGCUCAGCCCCUCCCCAUGGCCCACUGUGCGAACUCCCGUCUGGUGUGUAAAAUCUCCGGUGAGGUCAUGAACGAGAACAACCCACCCAUGAUGCUGCCUAAUGGCUACGUUUAUGGCUACAAUUCUCUCUUGUCUAUUCGCCAAGACGACAAGGUGGUGUGCCCCAGAACCAAAGAAGUCUUCAACUUCUCCCAGGCUGAGAAGGUCUACAUCAUGUGAUGAGACCUCCAGGGGGUAGUUCUUGGUUCUUUAUGACACCGCCCUGGGCUGGACAAAAUCCCAGCGUGACACCUCUAGUCCAAGGGCCUCAGUUCCCCAGCCCGUACUCCACAAGACUGAAUUCAGUUGUCGACAUGCCCUCUACUGGCCUGCCAAACCUUCACCGAGCGAAAGGUUUAGAAUCAAUUUGGAGGUUUUACAGCGCAACUGAACGGUGAAGAAUAGGGAAGAAAGUAUGUCAUUUGAAAAGGCUGAUAUUUUGGCAUUUCCUUUACUUGGUUCUUUACAGUUGUAUGACGAAGACAGAAGGACAUGGCUCAAUAUCAUAUUACAUCUGAGAGCUUCUGCCUUUUUAGUGUGUUUAAAAACCUGACUAUUCGUUGGUUUUGAUCAAGGGCACCCAUUUUGCACCCCUCUUUUUAGGCAGAUUGUGAUGGGGUCAUUAAUAGGGAUACAUUUCCAAUGCCUUGCCUAAGCACCUGUGAAAUCUGUUACCACUUAAAAUUACUUGAUACUGGCACAUUUUGACAAAUGAGCUCAUUGUCAUUGCAGUUACCUGUUAGAAAGUACAGUAGCAUAAUUUGCAAUACUUCUCACUAAUUCUUGGUUGAUGUAACUAGGUGUAGAAAGACAUCACAAUCUGUAGGUAGCUGUAGUGAAGGGUUUGAUAUUAGCCUACAUUUUACAUUACAUGCUGUGUUAGCUCUAUCAGUGACUGGUAUCAUCAUCAUCAUCAUCAUAUGCAGUACAUGUAUCUAGGAAAGCAGCAUCUCACGAUCAUGACCAAAGUCAAACUUGUUAGGUCAAGUGUAGCAGGAUUGCAUUGUGACCAAUAAGUCUUAAGGUUGCUUUGUAAGGAAUUCUGUAUGUUACCAUUCAAAACAUGGUCAUCGUCUUUUGUGGCACUAUCCGUGACUUCAUGCCAAAUUUAGUGGUGUUUUUGGGAUUAAAGACGAAUGCAUUCAUUUACCAAAGCAGUCUGUGUUGUCUGGAUCUCAGGUUAGAUCACAUCAUACA